AUGCGUGACCUUAUGAGCAAACCUACCCUACGCCUAGCAGAUUCGAUUCUUCUUUCCCUGUGUUUCCUUGCUAAUUAUUCCAGGGAUGAAACAGCAGUGCGUCUAACAGUUGAUCAGCAGUUCUUCACGUGUUGCAUACUGGCUACAGCUGAUUGGUGUGCUGAAACAACACUGCAGUUACAGGACAAACUGAAACAACGGGUUCAGAGCAUUGAUUUGAAUCAGGAAAUGGAACUGUUCUAUAGCAUAUCGAAUAGCGCACUUUCUGUCCUGGUGCAAGAUGUUGAGUCCACUUGCGAUGCUGCUUUGCAGGCGAUGAUGAAAAUCAAUUGGAAUGGCGUGGAAAAUGUUGGAGAUGAAUCACCGUAUGUUUCAGCAAUAAGAAGCCAUCUCCGAUCCAGUGUACCGUUGAUACGGGAUUUUUUCGCUGAUCGACGAAAAUAUUUUGCACACUUUUGCUUAAAAUUAGCAACUCAGCUGGUCAAUAAAUUCUUGGGAGCAUUAUUCAGCUUCAGAUGUCGUCCAGUGGGUGUCACGGGUGCGGAACAAUUAUUGCUGGAUACACAUGCGCUGAAAACGUUUCUUCUUUCGAUGCCAUCGGCGGAGUCGUCAAUAAACACCAAACCACCAACAGUGUAUACUAAUGUGGUUGUAAAAACGAUGACCAAGGCGGAAAUGGUCCUCAAGGUAAACCGUUUUGUGGCUUUUGAGCAAACUGUUUUUAAGAAGAGUUUGCUCAAAAGGUCCUCCUUUUUCGAUUAUUCUCGUCCAGGACGAACUGAAGAAGUCUAA